AUGGAAUUGGCCAGCAAGCUGUUCACCGAACUCACCAUCCAAAGCUACCACGAACAGGCGCUCUCCUUAACGCCUCGUUUGGCCAUUGAGACACUGGAGCUGCAAUCGGCACCGGCAUUAAAGCACCUUACCAUUCUGCCCAACCACCACCUUCGAUCGCUGUACAUCGUUAACAGUGCCGUGCGCCGCAUCCCCGACACGAUCGUCAAUUUGCGUAAUCUACAGUUUCUCGGCAUUGAAAAAUCCUUCCUACGUCUGCUAGACCUCAGCGUGCUGUGCUAUCUUCCCAGGCUGACCACACUGCAGGUGUUGCGGAAUCACAUCAGCUUACUACUGCCCGUGCAUGAGUCUUCCUGUGCUAACUCGCUGCGCGAUCUGCAUCUGGAUUACAAUCAGCUUACCACGCUGGACAUUGCCGUGCUUGCCCCAUUUACUGCAAUGCAGCGAUUGCUUCUACAGCACAAUCGUAUGUAUUCGCUCUUUGCCUCGCAGCCCACUUCCUUUCCACUGCUCCAAGAGCUACAGCUAGGACCGGGUAACAACUUUACGUGGAUUGAGUUUGAGCAGCUAGAUCUUCCGGAAACACUGACCGCCAAUCUACCAGGCAAUCAGUUUCAGCAGCUCCCAACAAUUAGGAACGCAAACCUGCCCAAUCUGCAGCGUAUUUACCUGGAUGGCAAUCAGCUCAGCACGAUCGAUUUGGCACAGUUGCAGGAGCACCAGCAGCUAAAUGGGAUUGAUUUCUCCCGCAACCGAUUGCACACGGUUACAGCUAGCGAGCUGAUACAUCUGCCCAAUCUAACAUCGAUUGAGCUGGUGGAUAAUAUGCUCGAGUCGUUUUCGCUAGUCAACUGUAGCUUUCCACAGCUGAACUACCUUUACUUGAAGGGCAAUCGGUUGCAGUUGGUACCAGCAGAGGUGUACAUGAGCGAGCUGUCACCGACGUUCAUAUUGAACGUGGAAAAGAACCCAUUACGUUCCUGUUUAAUGUUACAAUGGAACGCCAUGGUGUCAACAGCUGAUGCUGAUGAUGUGCCCUCGCUGAGGCAGCUGAGCACAUUGCGCGGAACCGAUCAAAAGAUAUCCGAACAUCUGCAAGAUCAGCUGGAUGAAAAGAACACAACAUUGGUCGUGCAACGACUCGAGCUUGAAGCUACUUCACUCGAUGCUUUCAUUGAAAGUGUCUCAGCGUUCAUCUCGAUUCUAUGGUUUCCAAAUUUCUACGAAACAUCGCUCACCAUACCGAGUGUGCUGCAAGCGAUCAGUAUAAUGCAAGCUACCCGGCUAACUUCCCUAUCGGUCAGCCCGAACGCAUCGCUGCAGGAACUAGCCGUUCAUGGUUGCAACUAUCGCUCGAUCUUACGCACAGUUGGAGCCCUGUCACAGCUACACACUCUCAACGUGCAGAGUUGUGCAAUUGUGUUCCUAAACUUUGAGCUGUUCGCGAAAACCUACCAACUGCGGAAGGUAAAUCUUGCAUACAAUCAAAUCCAAAUGAUUUCUCCUCCUACCGGUAAAGCGGAUAAUCUUAGCAUCGAGAUCCUCUACCUAGACAACAAUCCGUUGCAGUACGUAGAUUUCAACAGUCUGCGGCAGCUACAACGCUUGACAACGCUAAGCAUACGGGAAUGCAAUCUUCAACGGCUGUACUCGUCCGCUCCAGUGACACUGCACGCCCUCGGCUCGAUCGAAGCGAUUCAAAACAAUCUCACACUAUUCGAUCUACUGCUGCUCGAUGCACCGAGUCUUAAAACGCUACUGCUAUCUAAAAACCGCAUCCACAAACAACCGUGGGAUUUGACGAAGUACACCCAGCUUCAAGUACUCGAUCUCGACUACAACCGGCUGACCACGUUCGAUUUGGCCGGUCUCGCCGGGCUCAACCAAUUGCAAUCACUGUACGUAUCGUUCAACCAGCUGGAAACGUUCACCGCUAGCCGUAAGGUGCGACUGCCCUCGCUGAAAACGUUGGCUUUGAUAAGCAAUUCACUGCGAAGGCUGCCAACGUACGAUCGGUGGUAUCUGCCCGCCAUAAGUUUCAUCACGCUGGUCAACAAUCUGUUCACGGCCGUGCCACUGCUGUAUAGCAAGCGUUGGCCUACGGUGACGCUACGAAUGACAAACAAUCCGCUGGCAUGCUCGUCGCUCCAACAGUACGUUGAGCAGAUACUUUAUCAGCAGAAACUUAUCGUCGACUUGGUCAAACCGGCGUGA